AGCCAAUCGGCGCCUUUAAUGUAGUACACGUGACGUAAAACGUCAAUGAGCAACUGUCGUAAACAUGAACCAACCUCCUCUGCUUCGUACUGCCAAACAAUUUAGAAAGUCAGACGGAUAUUGAUACUUUUUAUUGAAACCCAGGAUUAUAUUGAGAACUUUGCCAAGAACUAUGGCAGUGGUAACAAGUAAAGCCAGGGCGAUGUAUCCAGAUAUUGAACCUUAUGACAAUGGGAUGCUGAAGGUUUCUGAAAUACAUCAAGUUUACUAUGAACAGUCUGGCAACAAAACCGGAAAUCCUGUUAUCUUCUUACAUUGGGGUCCAGGAGGAGGUACAUCACCAAGAGACAGGACCUAUUUUGAUCCUAAAGUUUACAGAAUUAUACUCAUGGACCAAAGAGGAGCAGGGAAAUCUACACCAGCUGCAGAACUCAGGGAAAACACAACUUGGGACUUGGUAGCUGAUAUAGAGAAGCUAAGAGAAAAGCUUGGUAUAAAGAGGUGGGUGGUAUUUGGAGGUAGCUGGGGUUCUACUCUCGCCAUUGCUUAUGCCGAGACACACCCUGAGAGAGUUAAAGCACUUAUCUUACGUGGAAUAUUUACACUUAGAAGAAGAGAACUAUUGUGGCUUAACCAAGAUGGUGCAAGCUCCUUUUUCCCAGAUGCAUUUGAAGAUUACGUCAAACCUAUUCCAGAGGCAGAAAGAUGCGAUCUUAUCGGAGCAUUUUAUCGGAGACUGACUGGUGGGGACAAGAAAGUUGAGCUGGAAUGUGCAAAAGCUUGGACUAAGUGGGAGAUGACAAUAUCAAGGUUGUACGUCGAUCCGCAGUACUUGGACCUAGUAGAGGAUGUUAACUGGGUCCUGCAGUUUGCAAAGAUUGAGUGCCAUUAUAUUGUCCAUGGAGGAUUCUUUGAGAAGGACGAUCAACUGUUAGCAGAUGUAGAUAAAAUACGCCACAUUCCUACAACUAUUGUCCAGGGUCGUUAUGACAUUGUCUGUCCAAUGGAUACAGCAUGGAAACUUCAUCGGGCGUUUCCAGAAGCGGAGUUUCACAUUGUUCCAGAUGCUGGACACAGUGAGAAGGAACCUGGCACGCAGUCCAGACUACUUGACGCAUGUGAUAAAUAUAAGAACAUCUGAUAACUUUUUAAAGAUGUCAGCAUAAUCGAGUGAAAUUGUAACUAAAGCUUAAAUGAUGUUGCUUCACAAAAGUAUGAAAUUAGAUGUAUUUUACCAGAAAAGGGUGAAAAUAUUGAGGAUGCAAUUACUGAAUUACUUAAGAAAUAAUUUGUAGCAAAAGAGUACUUUGACACUAUUUAUGCACGAUGGGCGGUUAUACGCCGGGCGUAAUAAUUUCAUGAGGGCGCAGCCCGAGUGAAAUUAUUUGUACGAUGUAUUACCGCCCGAGUGUAUAAAUAGUGUUAAAACACAUUUUUUUCUAUAAAUUAUUUCGAUUCUAAUAUGCCCUUUAUCUAAAACAGUAGACAAAAUAUAGACGCGCUCUUUCUUGGUCGCAACAAAACAUUGACGUCAUCGCACGUUAAUGUGACGUCAUUGUAGCGUAAGAGUGUUUUAACAGAGACAAGCAUAUUAGAAUGAUAUUUAAACACUUAUUCAUUAAGAUUUGUUGAUAUUGAUUUCAUUAAAAGUAAUGUUUAGUCUUUCAAAAUCUGGAAAUGUUGGAACAUUUUCGCUUAUGUCGUGUUGGGCGACCUACGGUUUUCCACUUUUUUAUUUUAUUUUAAGAUGUCCAUGUAAUUGUUAUCGAUUGCCAUAUAAGCUCAGAUCAAAUAUGUUCAAAUUUAUUGAAAAUCUGAACAAAUGGUCACUCAGAAUCGGAUUGACAUUCGUAAAUCUUAUACAUUUCUAAUGUAAAUCAAUUAUGAAAGAGGGGACUUCAUAUACACUGUAUAGUUUAUUAGCGGAAACCGUUUCCUUCGCUACAGAAUAUUGACUAAGUCAUAUUUUACUAUAAGACUAAGCUGUACUUUCCUGAAGAAUACCAGGUACUUCGGCAGUACAUGUAGAACCCUUGCAUGUUGAAUCAACUGAUAUACUGAAGGUCGGUGGUGCUAUCUAGAUGCCCUAAUGUGCGAAGAGAACCUGGAGUCUUCUGUCGCGAUUUAAAUUUGAAAAUGGACAUAUACGACUUUAAUUGUGUCGUUGUGACUUAAAAACCAAGUACAGAAAACACAUCUAGGUAGUAUGUAACAAUUAGUUAUACCAGGCACCUUUUUGUUGCCGCUGGUAACAGAAUUCCGCUACCCGCAACUAUCAGCACCAUCCACUCCCUGCAAACUUGCUCACUCGACUGUCAGCAUCAUUAAAAUGCUACCAACAAAAAUGUGUCCUCAUUAGAUUGUACCAUUUUGAUUAAGUCUGUAAGAAUAUAUAAUGCAUUUACAAAAACUAAUAUCAGACUCGGUUCUAUUGAGCCAGUGAAGAGCAGUUAAUUUGUACUGCUGAUCGAGUACUGAUAGUUCCAUUGUGAUGACGAAAAGCGUGCUGGCGUGUCACGAUCUGCCUCUAAAUUAAGUGUCCAAGUUUUGCGAAGACUGAAAGAAGUGGAGAGAAAAUAUUUAGAAAACUGAAAUAAAAAGGUCACAAACAAUUUAUCAUAUUCUUGAGUAAUAUUUGUUAAACAAUCCUACAAAGAUUGCUUGAAAAUGACAUAUCAUAUAGCUAACAAAACAGAUAUAGGUUUGCACAUGAAGAAAGGUACUAUUUGAAACAAAGUGAAGGUUGAACAGCACAUAAAUAAUGUAAGCUUGUGCAUACAAAACAUAUAAAAGUCAUAAAACCUUAAAUGAACAAUAAAUUUACUUACGUCUCUUUUGUCAUCACAGUGAACUUUAUAAAUUAACAUGUUACAUGCAUUACAAUUGUCCUGUUUAUUUAACAACCAUGUCAACGUACACACAACAUCUGCCACAGUUUAAAGUUUAUAUAACAAAAUAAAAUGUUUGAAAAGAAUAGAACGCAACCAAACAACAGACUAACAAACUCGGUUUGACUGAGUCAUUCUGCAAGAAGUAACGAAAUGCGCACGCCCCCUAGCAUCGGCUUAAGCUGAAUUGUGUUUUAGUAACAUGAUUUCAAAAGACCGGGAAAUAUAACGUUUAUAAAGAUAUCUUUAUUUCGUUGUAAGCCAUUUAUGGCCCAUGAACAUACAAUGUACAUAUAAUAUCUCAUAUACAUGCAGAUAAUUGUAAACAUAUAUCCCUAUAACUAAACAAAACAGUAUACACAAUUUUUAAACGCUUAUAUAAGCAAACAAGUGAAUAAAUAUGCGGGAGAGACUGUUGCUUCUAGGCAGUAAUAGACUAUAUUGGAAAAGAAAACUGACAUGAAUUACAGAUUUCUUCUCUUUUCAAAGGCUUUAAAGGUAUAUGCUGCCAGUUUUCUCAUGGAGUUUACGUUAUCAGUUGAUAAAAGCUCAAUAAAUUUGUAAAACUUGGUCUGACACGAUAGUACUUAUCUAUAUAUACUUUACAUAAUUCAUUGUAUAAAGGACAUUCACAUACAAAGUGAUAUUCAUCCUCUAGCUUAUAACAACAAGGACAUUUUCUUUCAUUAUACGAAGUGCUCACUGGCUUUUUCCAUCUGCCACAUUCUACUUCUAAUCGAUGUGAUGACACUCUUAGUUUAGACAAAGCAAUUCUAUAUUUUUCUACAUUAACGUAAGAAAGGUAUGACUGAAAUUCAAAGGAAGCUAUAUUUCGAUAAAAUAGUGCCCUACUUGAUUCUUGCAAGCUAGCUGCUUUCCAGUCUUGGUAAUAUACAUCGCGUACUCGUUGUUUAAACAACUUUAAAAACAUAUUUGGGUUUCCAACGCCUUGAUUCAGCCAUACUUGAUAAAAGCCAAGUCUUGAUAACAGGGAUUUGACUUUGGUGACCCAUGUGGGCUUAUUUGGGUGCGAUUCCGAUUCUAAUUUAAGUAGAUUAUAAACCAUUUUAGUGUACAUAGAGUCGUCACAGUGACAUAAUUUCAACCAAAAUUUAAUAAUAUGUAUCUGUCUUUGUAUAAACAAUGGGAGCCGACCUAACUCUCCAUAAACGAAACUGUUCUGUGUACAAACUUUAACCCCUAACACUUUUUUAUAAAAGCUUAAAGAUAUUCUUUCAACAUUAAUACCCUUGUUAAAACCCCAAACGUCAGACGAGUAAUUUACUAUUGGUAGAAUUAGCUUAUCAAAGAGCUCAAGAAUAUGUUUUGGAGGGAUGGCCGUGAACUUAUACAGAUAUUUAUUCAUUUGGAAAAUUGCCUUUAGUGCCUGUCCACAUAAAGUUUUGUCGGUUUCGUUAAAUGCUCCACCAGACGUAAAAACUACACCUAGAUAUUUAAAUGUGUUUACUAUUUCCAACAGUGACCCAUUAUAAUAAAAAAAUUGACCAGCGGGACGUCUCCCGUUUCUACUAAAAAUCAGCACCUUAGUUUUCUGUAUAUUUACAGUAAGUUUCCAUCUAUUACAAUAUUCUGCUAAAACAUCUAGAGACCUUUGAAGACCUUCGGCUGAUUUUGAAAACAAAACAGUGUCGUCGGCAAACAACAAGACGCACAACACUAGGUUCUUGUCAGGUAUAAAUAGGUGACUAUGUGUUAGACUAGCUGACAAACUGCAAAUGCUCUUUAUUAAACUGCAGGGCUGAUUAGACCUUUAUACGUAGAAAGACGAAAGGAACAGUUAAAAUUUCGGUCAUUAGAUUUUAUUCCAUCAAGCAAUGUAUCUAAAAUUUUGUUACCCGCCUGCAUCAUGCCAAUGGUGCAUUUAUUUUCCGCAAGUCGUGGCAUUUUGCUUACACGUUAUUCAAACAAUAUUAAACAUUGAGUGUCUUUAUGAUAUAAUAACAUUUCUCUGCUAUGCCACAAUUUUAACAAUUUUAGUAUGACUUGCUACGCACCAGUGAAAUGUGCGUAAAAAGUGGUUAACAUCUCCAUUGGCCAGUAAUUAUUAGAGAUGCGCGGUAUUCACAAGUGAACCAUUAUUUUCGUAUUAUUAUCAAUAAUAAUAAUAAUAAUACUAAUAAUAAUAAUAUUAUUAUCAUAUUCUAACUUACACGUAUAACAUAAGGCGGUGACAAAACAAUCAGAUAACAGAGUCUGUUCAUGAAAUGUAAUGAUAACUGCAACACCCAUCACGUCCCUUAACACCGGCUUAAGCUAAUGACUAUUACACAGAUAUUGCAAUGGACUCCAUAAUCCGACAGGACCAGAAUAUAUAACACUACUAAAAUCAUUCUUUUUCAGAGAGAUUUGCAUCAACCACUGUUAUUUCAUGUACAAACAAUCUAUGUACAGUUAACAUGCAAACUUGUCUCCCUUAUCUGAAUUGCACAUAUUUGUUAACCAUGGUUUUAAAUGCUCAUUUAAAAAGAUGAAAGUUAAAAUUGUGGGCAUGGCUGUAUAUGCUGACGUUGAGAUAACUUGUAGCUCGACCUAAUUGUCUUUUUGCUGUGUUAAAAAAGUAUGCUUGUAUAAUGUUAUGUAUGAUGCAAAGAGCCAUCAAAUAUGAUGAAAAAUAGGAAACAGUUAUUAUUUUUUAUAAAUGUAACUGGGGGAUAAAACACGUUUGAGACAUGCCAACAUCU